UUUUAUAUAAGGGUGGAUGGUAUGAAGAUAUCGAUUAUUUCUCGUGUUUUUGUAGUAUUUCUUUGUGAAUUUUUGUUAUUUUCUUCUCAUCUACAACACCUUUAAUAUCUUGCCAAGGUAUUUCAGCAAGCUGACACCAGAUAAGUUCGUUGAACGAGCAUCAAUUAUUGUGCCACAUUGAUAAACUAUCUCUACUGUCCGACGAUGUCUGCAGCUUCAGAAAGUAAACGAAGCAAUAGAAAGGCGAAAAAGAAGCGAUCUGCACAGCAAACGAAGGAAAGUCAGACAUCCAAAGUGAAUGCAACAAGCAAGAAAACUGGACCUUUUGCUAAUGCAGGUUUAGAUGCAAGUAUUGCAUUAUCUCAGGUUGUAAACAAGUCCAGUUUCACCCCAUUUUUGGAUGGUGAAAGGUGCAUUUUAUGUCAUCAAGAGAGGCCGACCAUCACACGAAAAGCAGAGAACCCUAAUGCUGAUAUUUUGCCUGGUACACAACAAUUUGUUGAUAAGUUACCACUAUGGGUGUGUCCAGAAUGUCGUAAGAGAGUUGAAGAAGAUGAACAGAAGACUGGAUUGAAUACACUGAAUAAUGAUAUGCUAUUUCAACCAUUGGAUGGUGUAGCUUUGAACUCAUCUGUGUCUGAAGGCAUUCCUAAUAAAGAUUUAUGUAACUGUCAUAUCUGUUCUGGUAAAAGGCAUUUAGUCCCAGCCAAAACUAAAGAGUUUGGAGAGCUACAGUUUUCAUGGUUUGAAGUGAAACACUUUGUAAGAUGUGUUUACAGAAAAGCUGGUACAACCUUAGCAGAUGAUGAUAAACUAACCAAAACUUCACUGGACAUUGAUAGGAUGAAGAAACAUACUAAGAAAUUGACUUCACGAGAUUCUUAUCAGCUCUAUGAAAGAUUAGAAGCUCAAACAAGGGAGUACUUGACUGAAGUUCGAGUGAGUCUUAUCAAGUUUUUCUCAUCAUCUUUCUCAAACACUCCACAACAUGCGAGAGACUGUGUCAUGACAUUGCUGGAGGAGUAUCAAUCUCUGUGUGUUGCCAUUGAUAUACUCAAACCAUUCUUUCAAAAACUUGAUUCAGACUACUUAAGCUGCUUCAAAUGGUCCUGGGAACUCAUGAACAAAGAGUUAUUUAAAGAAGAGAUAUUUAACGACUCUGUAAUGCGUGUUAAUCUACCUUUGCUGUUUGAGAGAUUAGUCAGAGGAAACUUGACUGGACCAUUGCAUGGAAUUCCUGUAUUAGACAGAACCAACAAUCCUAACGCUGAUGUUAUUGAAAGGUUUCAAGCGUUGACAUGGGAAAUGACCGAGGCAGAUAACUGUUGGUUGGUUGCUGAGCCGCUGAGGGAGAAAUAUGAUGAAGAAAAGAAUUUACAUGAAAGAGAAGAGUAUGAGAACUGGGACGAAUGUUUGAAGGAAACCAAGCAAGAGAAAGACGGAGAAAUCUGCGGUUGUGAACAAAAUCACCUCACGUCACCACAUGAUGCCCAAAGUUCCUUAUUAUCCCUUAAACGUUCCCUAUCAUCCACGUCGUCCUCCAGCUCACACAGUUCCAACCAGUACUGCUCGAGGCAUGCGCAAAAUAGUUCAGGUGAUAGCGAGGAUCUUUCCAAUCCAACCCAACUUCUACCAACAGCGUUGUUUCUUAAUCGUUUGACUAAUUCAAAGUGUGCACCAUGCAUCCGUGAAGCUCUUCAUUCAUUUUGCUUUGAUCAGAACACGCCGUCUACAAAAUGUCAACACGAAGAACAUGGUCUACCUUCUUCACCAAACAGCAAACUAUCAGGUUGCAACAACCACAGCUCUCAUGAUCCCUUCUGGUACAAUCACGAUACGCCUCCCCCGGAAACUGCGUCGUCCAUACAGAGUUUGGUACUUAAUGGUAACUCACCAGGAGGGGGUCACUGCAAGAACCACGCUUGCUGUACCGAAUGGGAUAACGAUGAUGAGAGAGACGAUAAUGGAUAUGAUGAUGAUCAUGAAGGACACGAUGGGUGUCAGGAGCAGCAUAAAGGACCUUUUACACCCAAUAUUAUGAUCCCAGGCAAUGACGUGGAUGUCGAAGCUCCUCCAUCAUCACCCUCGAGUGAUCGUAGCGUGGGAGAUGGUAGUUCUUGUGACACUCCAACUAGUCGAAGCUCUUUAUCUGAAGAUGGCAAAUCAAAUAAUGGAAAAUAUUGUGAUUGUUGUUACUGCGAAUUCUUUGGACAUGGCACUCCACCAGUAGCUCAGACCAGCCACAAUUUUGUUGAAAUAAGAGAAAAGUUAAGAUUACGAUUGAAAGAAAGAGGGAAGAAGCAGACUUCGGAGUUCACAGAUCAUCCGAAAGGCCUCAGUUGUAUCGCCGACACUCGUUCUGUUGAUGAAUUACUCACGUAUAUCAACGGAGAUAAGAAAACACAAGAUGUGACUCAAAAUAUUCCAAUCAAAUCUAGUUCAAAGGCUGCGAAACGACAAAGACAGAAACAAAAAAAGGCAGCGGAAAAGGUGGUUUCGGUGCCUGAGGCAAACGACAAGGGAUGUUUAUUAAACAAGGAUGAAAUCAUUUGCGAGAAACCACCAUUCUGUGAGGAAAAAUGCAAGAAGAGUAACAGACAAAGGCAAGCUGGCAAUAACAAAUCACAAGAAGAUCUAACAGAUAAAGAAAAUGCUAAGAAUCAUGAGAAAUCUUUAACGAACGAUUUGAAACAGAAUACGAAUGCUCAGAGAUACCCUGAGGAUGAGAAACCCGCGGUAGAAAAACAGAGGCCUGAGACUGGGAAUCAUUUGGAUAAACGAAAGAAAGGCAAGGAUAAAAAGAUCCCGAUGAAUAAGUCGGAUGCCGAAGAAAGACGGGUCAUUGUAAAUGGGCAGGAGUCGUGUUCUUACGUGGAACAUACGCGAGGUUCGAGAUUGCCGGUACGUGAGGAAGCUGAACCAAAGCAUUGUGGGGAGGAGGCUGCAGCACAGGAGAGCCAAACACAAAAUCAAGGAAAAAAGACAAAAAAUCGAAAGAAGAAGAAGGGGCAAUAUUUAGAUGAUGUGUUCCUCCCGAAAGAAAACCUUAUGAACGGACAUAAUGUUGAAGUGGAUGAGGCUGAACGAGAAGUCGAAGAAUUCAAACGAUUCUGCGCCAGUGUUGCUCCAGUAACAACGAAGCUCAAAUUACCUGCAAAUGUCAACCUGAAAAACCUCAAUCUGGGUGUGAAGAAAAGCUGACUAUUUCUCUGUUGGACAGCAAUUAAUGCACGAAGACUGUUCGUGUAAUAAAAUAUAUUAAUUGAAGCUGUUUAUUGUUUUACUACAAUACGUAUUUCGUUUUUUCUUCCGCAGAACUCUUCUGAGCUGUCAGAUGACUCAUGACUGGUUGUGGUUUUUCAUAGUUAUCAAUCAGUUCACAUAGUUAUAUUCCUCAACCUAAUAAGGAGAUGAUAAAUGUCAUAACCUGACCAUCUCGGGCUUUCCUACACAUUUAUACCUUUUGUUUUUCUCAGCUCUCGAGCGGGCGAUUACUUCAAACGUUUUAUCAGGCAGUGCAGCUCAACACUGUAGAGAAACCUGUCCAUUGAUUCAUCCCGUGAACAAGUUGGUGACAACUUGAACGGGUUAGUGACAAACAACUUGUUCCAACCUGAUAGUUUUAAGACAUGUUGGAUCAAGCUUGUUAGAAGAACAGCACCGUUGACAGCAAGUUGGGUUCUUUAGUUCCUGUGAUUCUUAUUAAAUUGUCGAUCGCUGUUCGACCUGCCUUCAACAAGGUGGACUAACUGUGGUGAUAGCCGGUCAAAACCUGAUACUUUUUUCAUUCGUGUU